AUGUCCGGAAUCCUCAGAUUCCACUUUCUCCACCAUCAGCACAACCCAUCAACAGGACCGUCAUUCUCCCGUCCCCUUCAUCCAAUGUAUGAAAAAAGAACCGGGCCAGCACAUGCGCCAGCCGCUACCGCAAGAACCAUUGCAAGUUGCACUAGGCGCUGCAAAUCAAUGAGAUAUCGUGAUGAAGCGGGUAAUCCAGAGAGGUCACAUCUUCCUUCACUGAUGAUCUCGUGCUGCUCAUUAAUACAGCUAUACCUAAUGAGUUGGCUUGUGCUGCUGAUUAAUACAACUGUACCUAAUGAAUUGGCUUGA